CAAUAGAAAAUAUUCUUAAAGAAGAAGGGAUGCAGCGUGACAGAAUUAAAUCAUUAAUUAUUUUCCUUAAUGAUACAGGUUUAAUUAAAAGAAUCUAAGACAUAGAAACAUAGCCUGCUAAGUCACUUUACACACUCCUGUACAGUAGGUGGCGGUAUGCACCAAAGAGAUGUCACCCGCCAGUAAACUAACAAGAAGAAGAAGUGGCCAUGCGUGUGCAGUGUCGUCUCUCUAACUUUCUAAACGGGUUUUAAUGUUGUCCCGAACAACAGAACAUGGUGUCAGAAGUGGGAUUAGGAAUACGAACCUGAUAUUUUUUGUCUAAGAAAGAAAAAAAAGUGCCGGAGAGCAGCAUAAACCGCUAAAGCGAGCUAACGCCGCAGCAGUGAAAUAUGAGCCUGUUUCAAGUCCCACCGCCGAAGAAAUUCACUUUCAGGGCUGAAGACUGGCCGAAGUGGAUAAAGCGCUUUGAGAGUUUUCGGAUAGCGUCAGGCUUGGAAACACAAGCUGAUAAAAACCAAGUGAAUGCGCUGAUCUACGCGAUGGGGGAAGAAGCGGAGGAUAUUCUGAUUUCUCUGCAUUUGAGUCCUGCUGAAGCGAGUGAAUUCAGCACAGUCAAAACCAAGUUUGAUGCACAUUUUAUAACACGGAGAAAUGUCAUCUUUGAGAGAGCAAAAUUCAAUCAGAGGCAGCAAGAGUUGGGUGAGUCAGUUGACUGUUUUAUUACCGCACUUCAUUGUCUUGCCGAGUAUUGUGGAUAUGGAGCACUGCAUGAUGAAAUGGUGAGAGACAGAUUAGUAGUUGGACUAAGAGACACUAAACUGUCAGAACGGUUACAUAUGGACCCCGAAUUAACACUUGUCAAAGCUGUCACCAGAGCACGACAGAGUGAGCAAAUAAAGAAACAAGAGAUGCUAAAAAGCCAUUUUAAGGCAGAUGCAUCAAACACACAGCUUGAUAGCGUGCAUUCGCAGCAGCAAUGGGACCGCAAAAGCACACGAGCUAAGCCACAGUCAUCCCUAUCAGUUAGCAAUACAGCACGAAAAAAGACCAUCAAACACACACAGUGCAAAAGGUGUGGAGAUAUGAGAGGUCACAGCCUGCAGCAAUGCCCAGCUAAGGAUGCAGUGUGUAACCAUUGCAGAAAAAAGGGACAUUAUGCCAGAGUAUGCCGAACUAAAAAGCUUAAUGAAGGGAACGUUGCAAUACUGACCGAAAGUGUAGAAGAUGAAGAGGUAUUCCUUGGCUCACUUACUGCUAAGGCAGAUGAAGGCCCUUGGAUGACAGAAAUAAAAAUGGAUCAUAGUAAUGUUGUGUGUAAAAUAGACACAGGUGCAGACGUAACCGCAGUUCCGGAGAGGAUGUGCAGUCAGGACCAGCUCAGUAAACUGAAAAGAGCUUCGAAGGUUCUAAAGGGUCCGAGAGGAAGGCAACUAACGGUAAAAGGUAUAUUCACAGCCACACUAAAGAAAGGACAAAAGAGCACCUCACAGGAAGUUUAUGUUGUGAAGGAGCUGGCCACACCAUUGUUAGGCCGUUCAGCUGCUGUAGCACUGCAGUUGGUAGCCAGGCUGGAUGCUGUCAGUCUAGAUACAGACGAAGCAGUAAGGGCUGAAUUCCCUAAGUUAUUCAAUGGUCUAGGGAGAAUGCAGGGCGAAUAUAACAUUGUUCUAAAAUCAGACGCUGAACCCUUCUCUCUCCUCACCCCCAGACGCAUUUCUCUCCCUCUCCUACCAAAGGUUAAAGAAGAAUUAAACCGAAUGGAGCAGCAAGGAGUCAUCUCAAAAGUGGAACAGCCAACGGAGUGGUGUGCACCCAUGGUAGUAGUGCCUAAACAAACAGGAAAGAGCACUUCCAAAAGCGCAUGUCACAAAUCCUUGAGGGUCUGGAGGGCGUUUUGUGUCAGAUGGAUGACAUACUCAUCUGGGGAGCUACCCAACAGCAGCAUGAUGAGAGGCUACGUGCAGCACUGUCACGACUCCAGGAGGCCGGGGUUACACUCAACGAGAAAUGUGAGUUUUCUAAGAGCAAAAUCAAAUUUUUGGGACAGAUUAUUGAAGCAUCAGGAGUGAGUGCAGACCCGGAAAAGGUGAAAGCUGUGAAGGCCAUGAGAGAACCCCACAACAUUAGCGAGGUGAGAGGAGUGCUGGGGAAUCGAAAAGGAGGCACUGGCUUCCACAUGGGCCUGCGAAAAGUUUGCAGAGUUUCUCAUUGGGAAAAACUUCCACAUAGAAACAGACCAUAAACCCCUGGUCCCCCUGCUGGGUUCAAAAACGCUAGACAUGCUCCCACUGCGAAUACAACGUCUUAAAAUGACACUGAUGAGGUUUUCAUAUUCAAUUUCCCAUGUGUAAGAAUAUUGCAACAGCAGACGUGCUUUCUAGGGCUCCUGUAAGUAACACAGUGGACGGACUACAAGAGGAAGAAAUAAACCUUUACGUCAAUACUGUCAUGGCAAGUCUGCCAGUUACGGAGCCCAGACUCAAAGAAAUCCAAACACACCAAGACAGAGACCCUAUACUUCGCCAGCUCAAGAAACACUGUGUAGACGGUUGGCCAGAUAAAUUCUUUGUUGAGGGGGUGAUUCGGCCCUAUCUGCCAUUCUCAGGUGAAAUCACCGUGCAAAACGGAGUACUGCUUAAAGGAGAAAGAAUUGUCAUUCCAGCAUCACUCCAAGCGGAUGUGUUAAACAAGUUGCACGAGGGACAUCUGGGCAUCACAAAAUGCCGAGAGAGGGCUAAACAGUCGGUGUGGUGGCUAGGCCUUAGCAAAGAAUUACAACAGAUGAUUCAGGACUGUGACACAUGUGCACGUGAAAGAAUAAACUUAAAAUAACCAAUAAUGCCAACAUUGUUUCCAGCUAGACCAUGGUCCACCGUCGGAGCUGAUCUCUUCCAGUAUGGUAACCAACACUACCUUAUCAUUGUUGACUAUUUUUCCAGGUUCUUUGAAGUCGCUAAGUUGUCAUCAACUACUUCAGAAGCAACGAUCCAGCAUUUUAAAUCAAUCUUUGCUCAUCAUGGAAUUCCAGAUGUGGUGAGAUCGGACAAUGGACCACAGUUUUCAUCUGAUAGCUUCAGACGCUUUGCACAGAAUUGGGGCUUCGACCAUGUGACGUCCAGUCCUCAUUUUCGACAGAGCAAUGGGGAGGCAGAGAGGGCGGUGAGGACAGUCAAGAAUCUUCUAAAAAAAGUCAACCGACCCCUACCUUGCCCUUAUGGCCUACCGUGCUUCUCCACUGGCCAAUGGAUACAGCCCCACUGAGCUUCUCAUGGGAAGAAGGAUAAGAACAUCUGUUCCUGUUGCCCCAUCACAACUCAAGCCAAGAUGUGUGGACUGGGGUAAGCUAAAAGAGACAGAGAACAUAUACAGGCAAAAACAAAACUACGACCGUAGACACAAAACACAUGACAUGACACACCUGCACCCAAGAAAACAUGUGUGGGUAAAGGACACUGAGGAACGAGGCACAGUGGUGUCUGCUGCAGAUACACCCAGGUCUUACAUUGUGGAGACACCACGGGGUGCCUUCCGGAGAAACAGGUUCCAUCUCUCGCCAACCCCCGGUGGCUCCUGAAAAUCAACUUACCUGAUACACCGACAGAAGAAAACACUGUGACUGACACAGACAGAACCUUUCUUUCACCAGCGGCUCAAGAUUAACAUCAGCAGUUGAGCCAGACACCUGAGCGCCGAUACCCCAUUAGAAAUAGAAGGGCCCCAGGUCACUUUAAGGUCAGAACAUAGUUGAAGGACUGAGAGCUGAGUGGGCAAUGGGGCAGAAUAAUCCCCACACUCGGCAGAAGGGAUGGGUAGUCCACCCCACCCUUCUUCAAAAAAAAGAAAAAGAAAUAAAACAUGGAAAUAGUAGAAACAGAAAAUGGUUUGCACUAUUGUUCAAUGUUGUUAAAUUGUUAACUUGGUACAGUACCCCCAGACAAGUUACCUUAUCUCAGAAAGGGGGAUGUAGUAUCAGCUUAGUUAUGGGGUAGGAACCUUUGUAAGGUUAUGUUGACUAGAGGGGAGUUUUAUAAUAAACGGACCGAGUUCCAAAGUGG